CAAACUGUAACUUUAUUAACAGUAGGUAGUCAGUGAGAUGCUGUGAUGCCUCCUAUGAGAAAUUAAUGUUUGUGUUGAAGAGUAGAUCUCUAACGAAGUCUAGACCAUGCUGAUUCCCCCAACCUUCCUUGAAAUCGAAGGGAUGCGGUUCCUUAUCACCGGAAUGCCCCGUGACUUUGAGUUGACUGAGUUUGAGAAGCUGUACAAGAGCUAUAACGUCACAGACGUCGUUCGAACUUGUGAAGAAUGUCAUUACUCCGAUGACUGGUUAAAGAGUCAAGGAAUUCAGAGUCAUCAAUUUGUGUUUGCAGAUGGUUCCAUUCCACCUGAAGAUGUGGUGACACGAUUUAUUGGACUGUGCGAGUCGCGAUUUGGGCCGGAAUCAAAGAACCCGAAAGCCACGAUAUCCAUUCAUUGCAAGGCUGGUCUUGGGCGGGCUCCUACCCUCGUGACCAUUGCGUUAAUCGAGAGUGGAAUGAAGAAUCUGGAGGCUAUCCAAACUGUAAAGAACUAUCGUAAUGAGGCCUUCAAUCAGAAGCAGUUGCUUGCAUUGACCCGUUAUAAGCCGUUGCGCAAGAACCGAUCCAAACCUUGUAACUGUUGUAUAGUCUUAUGUAUUGUUUAA